AUGGGCAGCAGAGUAUUUGGCGUGGUGGUGGUGGUAUGUGUGGUGCGCAUGCGCAGAGCGGCUGGUGGGUUGUGUUGGGACGUGGGCGGAGCUGUGGGACAAGUGUGUGUUUGUGUCUCCCUCUCUACCUCCGUCUGCCCUUCUCCUCAGCCUGAGCCCCGUGGAUGGCGUUUAGACUCGGGACUAACCUGUCUGCUGGCUUUACAGAGCUCGGAUAUCGACCUCAAUUCUCCCAAAUCCCUGUACUCUAAAGAAUCAGUAUAUGACCUCCUCCCAAAAGAACUCCAGCUCCAGCCGUCGUCCGCCCAGACAGAGCCAGCCUCCAUGAGCCAGCAGAGCGGAGGAGAGGCAGGCCCUCCUCCCUUAGCAGCAUUAGCUUCUGUUCACUGCUCCAUAGAUGCCACCUCUUCCACCUGCAGCCCCUCCACCUCCUCCUCCCUGGCAGCACCAUGCUCCGGGCCCUCCUCCGAGCUCCUCAACAUCCCCAAGCACAUGCACUCAGAAGGGGCCAUGGAGGACUCCAUGUCUGGCUCCAGUCAGCCCAACAGCUCUGGCUCCACUACUGCUGUAGACAUGGGGUCAGGCACAUCAGGACUGGGGGUGCAGCAGGCUCAAAACACGCCCUCCAAACGAAGACCUGCUCUCAGCAUAUCACCGCCUCCUGAGGACCUGUUUGAUGACAGUCAGAUGUCCUGCCAAGAUGAGCCCACUGGAUCUGGCCCUCCACCUCCAGAAUCUGAGCACAGCAGCAGCAUGUGGGCUGAUGAUUCUCUUUCCAACUUCAGUUUGCUCAGCACUGUGUCCUACAACGACAACAAUGAGGUUCCAAGGAAGUCCAGAAAGCGGACGCCUCGCCAGCGGCCUGGCCCCAAAGCCACGGCCCCUGAGGACAGCAUGGAUGUGUUUGAUGCAGACAGCGCCAAAGCCCCUCACUUUGUCCUGUCUCAGCUGGGCUCAGACAAGAACAGUGGUCUGGAGCCGGGAAGUGCAGUGAAGAGUGGGCUGCUGUGUGGUCAGUUCCCAUCGAGAAGUGACGGCAAAGAGCUGAAGAUCCUGGUGCAGCCUGAAACCCAGCACAGGGCUCGGUAUUUGACCGAGGGCAGCCGUGGCUCUGUCAAAGAUCGCACACAACAGGGCUUCCCGACCAUAAAGUUGGAAGGAGUCAAUGAAGCCGUCACCCUGCAGAUUUUUGUGGCCAAUGAUACUGGUCGUGUGAAGCCUCAUGGUUUCUACCAGGCCUGCAAAGUCACUGGCCGAAACACCACUGUCUGCACAGAGGUGGACAUCGAAGGCACCACUGUUAUUGAGGUUCCCCUGGAGCCCAGUAAUGAAAUGACUCUUGCGGUGGACUGUGUUGGAAUCCUGAAGCUGCGUAAUGCAGAUGUAGAAGCUCGUAUUGGUGUGGCAGGAUCAAAAAAAAAGAGCACUCGAGCCAGACUGGCCUUCAGAGUGACCAUCCCUCAGCCUGAUGGAUCAGUGCUCACAUUACAAGUCCCAUCGUCACCCAUCCUCUGCACCCAGCCUGCAGGUGUGCCUGAGAUUCUAAAGAAGAGUCUUCACAGUUGCUCAGUGAAAGGCGAAGAGGAGGUUUUUAUUAUCGGAAAGAAUUUCCUCAAAGGAACUAAAGUUAUUUUCAAAGAAAAUAUUACAGAUGAGAAUUCAUGGCAAGCUGAGGGAAAAGUUGACAUGGACUUUUUCCAUCAGAAUCACCUGAUUGUCACAGUUCCUCCAUUUCACAAUCAGUCAAUUACUUCACCCGUUUCAGUGGGAAUAUUUGUGAUGACAAAUGCUGGUAGAUCACAUGAGGCCCAGUCCUUCACCUACUCUCCAGAUCCAGUUGAUAACACAAUCCAAACUGUAAAAACAGAAGGAACUUCAUUGGUGAAAACAUGCAUAUUUGAUGAGCAGAUCAAAACCAUGUCUUCUGACCAGACUGAGGGUUCUAGACCGAUGUCCAAACAGGAAGUGACUCCAAUGGAAGUGUCAAGCCUCCCAUCAUCAGAUGUGUUUAAACCAUCCUCUGACACCUUGAGCUCAGUACAACAGAGUUUGGAUCUUUCCUCCAGCACUCUCCCAGUUUCAGAGUCUUUUCAAACUCCAAUGCCUCUUCAGCCUGAAGAUGUUGAUCUUCCCACUGCUCCUGCUGUGUUUUCAAGCCUUGACUCCCUGAGUGCUAUCCAAAAGCAGGACAUUGCCUCUUCUACUGCGCCUUUCCCAGUUUCUGGGGACACAUCUAUCCCUCCUGUAACUCCUGAGGUGCCUCAGCAGUUCCUCCGUGACCCCCAGGAGAGCCCUGCCUCGGAAACGGCCAACAAUAGUGGGGGAGUGGUCGUGAUGGCUCUGCCUCAAAUGGCUGCCCCCACACAGCCUCAGUCACAAGUGUCUAUGUUUGUUCAGGAUGGUGUGGCCCAGCUGGAGCAGGCUGUGCGUGAGCUCCAAUCUGGGAACAGCAGCACACUGCAACAGGUCCUGGAGGCGGCUGUGGCUCAGCAGCAGCAGCUAAACUCAGUGCUGUACAGCCCUACUCCCUCAGCAGAGUCUUUGCAGCAGCACGUCCAGGAGAACAUGAACAGCCUCUGUCUUGGAACCAAUGAUGGCCCCAUGAGCACACAACAACAUCUGCACUUACAGCAGCAGCACUUCCAACAGCAGCAAGUGCUGGGCAACAUGCAGAUGCAACAACAACAACUGCUGCUGCAGCCACAGGAGCAGAUCAACCUUCAACAGAGCCAGGGCCAAGUACUGAACAACAUGCAACUGCAGGAUCAGCAGCAACAAACGCAGAUCCUCAACAAUCUGCAGAUGCAGCAGCAGCAGAUGAUGGACAAUAUUCAGAGUCCAAACUCCACACAAGUGCUGGGGAACAUGCAGGUCCAAACCCAACAGCAAUCCCAGAUACUCAACAACCUGCAGAUGCAGCAGCAACAGCAGAUCCUGGACAACAUUCAUCAGCAGUCUACAAUCCUUGGCAGUAUGCAAAUUCAAGAUCAGCAGCAGCAGACCCAGAUUCUGAGUAGUCUGCAGAUGCAGCAGCAGCAACAGACGCAGGUGUUGAACAACUUGCAGCAGCAGCAGCAGGUCUUGGAGAACCUGCAGCAGCAGCUCCAGGCUGAGCUCCUGCAGCCCCAGGUGCAGCAGCCCGUAUCUCUGCUGCAGCAGGCUGGAGAGCUGCUCACCAUCCAGACCAGCUUCCCCUCUCAGCCACCCUCACACAGCUCUCCCCCACAGCAGCUCUUCCAGUCUCCCUGCCCUUUGGCUGAAACACAGGGCAACCAGCAGCAGGUGCUGCUGCAGAAUACCAUUAAUGCGCUGACUGAUACCACCGAGCCCAUGUCUUUUCAAGAUGGGAGCUCAGGCAGCAACUCUGCAUCCACCGGUAGCCGACAAGCAAAUCUCUUCCAGGAGCAGCAGCCGAUGCAGGUGGUCUCAGGCUCUAAUGUCCAGAACAGUCAGCCGGUAGACCUUUUUCUUCCCUCAGCAUCUAUGUCCAACCUGCAGAGCACCCUUGGGGCGCAGGAGUUAACUAAUCAGGCCACAAACAGUGGAACUACCAUAUUUUUGGUCCAGAGUGCUGUCGGAGUAGUUGGCAACCCUGGGCAGCAUCCUCCAGAGCAGCUGUUUCAAACAAACAUCACAGGGAAUGUUACUUCACAGGGCCAGGCCAACGUUUUCGUGUUUGGCAUUCAGAAUGAUUCGCAGCUGCUAAGUUCAUCUGGAAGCUCAUUGCCCGCUCAGAACCAGGCUCAGACUGCCACACACAUGCAGAGCCUGCUGGACCAGACUAUGGGUCAGGCACCACCCUCCAAUCCUCCCUCGCUUCACAGUGGUCUGCAGAACUCCCUUGAGAUCAUGUUCGAGAGCAGUACUGAUGUUUCCAAGCAUUCCGUUCCUCUGGGUUAG